AUGGCUCAACUAAAGCCCUACCGCGGCAACUACUACCUCUGGGACUACGUCCCGUCAACACCGGCGGCCGUCAUCUUCGCCAUCCUAUUCACUCUCGCAACCGGCUACAUCACCUUUCGCACGGUCAAGACACGAACCUGGUUCAGCAUCCCCUUUAUCAUAGGCGUCCAACUCCUAGGCUACAUCGCCCGCGCCAUCGCCCACGACAAAACCGACCAACUGCCCCCCUACAUCAUGCAAUCCGUGCUCAUCCUCGUCGCGCCGGCCCUCUUCGCCGCAUCCAUCUACAUGACGCUCGGCCGGCUCAUGCGCAGCAUCCACGGCGAGCGGCACUCCCUCAUCCCGGUGAACUGGCUGACCAAGGCGUUCGUGCUGGGCGACGUGCUCUCGUUUCUGAUUCAGUCGUCGGGGGGAGGGCUCAUGGCCGCCAAGGACUUCAACCCCAAGACGGCGCAGAACAUCAUCCUGGGGGGGCUGUUCGUGCAGAUCAUCAUGUUUGGGCUGUUUGUGGUGACGGCGGUGGUCUUCCACGUCAGGAUGAGGCGGUGGCCGUCGGGGGCGAGUCUGGGGGGGAAGGGCUGGGUGAGGGUGAUGGGGAUGCUGUACGUGACGAGCGGGCUCAUCAUGGUGAGGUCGGUGUUCAGGGUGGUGGAGUACAUUAUGGGCAAGGAGGGGUAUUUGCUGCGGAACGAGUGGACGCUAUAUGUGUUUGAUGCGGUGUUGAUGUUUGCGACGAUGGGGGUUUACGGGGUGUGGUAUCCGGAGAUGGGGUAUCGAGCGGAGGGGGAGAGCGAGGUGAGGUUGGGGGGGAAGUGA